AUCCAACCAGGGUGAUGGUGUCACCUUUCAGCAUGGAUGUCACUGUUGGAGAAAGCAUUGUCUUGCCUUGUCAGGUCUCUCAUGAUCACUCGCUAGAUAUCAUGUUUACCUGGUCAUUUAAUGGACACCUGAUAGACUUUGAAAAAGAUGGGGAUCACUUUGAAAGAGUUGGAGGGGAUUCAGCUGGCGAUUUGAUGAUCAGAAGCAUCCAGCUGAAGCACGCUGGGAAAUACGUCUGCAUGGUGCAAACAAGCGUGGACAAGCUAUCGGCUGCUGCAGACCUCAUUGUAAGAGGUCCUCCAGGCCCACCAGAAGCCGUGACAAUAGAUGAAAUCACUGACACCACAGCCCAGCUGUCCUGGAGGCCAGGAGCAGACAACCACAGCCCUGUCACCAUGUACGUCGUGCAGGCCAGGACCCCCUUCUCGGUGGGGUGGCAAGCGGUGAGCACAGUUCCAGAGGUCAUCGACGGCAGGACGUUCACGGCGACGGUGGUGGGUCUGAACCCCUGGGUCGAGUACGAGUUCCGAGUGGUGGCUGCCAACCUGAUUGGGAUUGGAGAGCCCAGCAGACCUUCAGAGAAGAGGAGAACCGAAGAAGCUCUUCCUGAAGUGACCCCAGCUAAUGUCAGUGGAGGUGGAGGGAGCAAAUCUGAGCUGGUCAUUACCUGGGAGACAGUGCCUGAGGAGCUGCAGAACGGAGGAGGCUUCGGGUACGUGGUGGCCUUCCGGCCCCUGGGCACGGUCAGCUGGAUGCAGACCGUGGUGGCCUCGCCCGACGCGGCCAGAUACGUCUUCCGCAACGAGAGCCUGCCGCCCUUCUCCCCCUACGAGGUCAAAGUGGGGGUCUACAACAACAAGGGGGAAGGGUCCUUCAGCCCCGUGACCGUCGUCUACUCGGCAGAGGAAGAGCCAACGAGAGCCCCAACCGCUGUUUUGGCCAGAAGUCUUUCUGCCUCAGAUGUUGAAGUUUCUUGGGCUCCCCCUUGGGAGAACCAGCACAAAGGAAGGAUACAGGGAUACGAGGUAUGGAGACACAACGCAGGGGUCCUUUCAGUGCUGAGCCUUGAGGAGAUGUGA